AUGAUAGCACGUAGUGCUUACUUUCAGAGCCCUACCGUAAACUAAGCUCCACUAUAAUAGCAACAGAUGAUAAUGCUUCCAUUUACUUAGGUCAGUCAGGCCCAAUACUAGGGCCAUGGGAUAAACUAGUACUUCACUCCUCCCUCUAAUCAACUUCCUUAAACAAGAGGACUGGUUUAUAAUAAUACUUAAGGUAUCAUACCUGCAGUUCAUAGCCUAUUUUAAAAUAAUCAGUUGUCCACCAUACCAUUUAUUUCUGCUAACAGAUUUUAGGACUACGAUAAAAAAUAAAUUGCAGAUUUAGAAAAUGAUGAAGUGUAAGAAAAUUUCGAUUACGAUUCUGCUUAAGAUAACGAUGCCAGUGAAAUGUUAGAAAAUCAUGAAGUACAACAUAAGGAUGGCUUAAAUCAAUUAUUGAGUGAAUCGUUAUAGUAUCCUCUUCAAUCGGAUAACUCCUAAUCUGAUAUAUAUUAACUACUAAAAUUAAACGAUACAGAGUAAAUUCAAGAGCGAAAUAAAUAAGGAAAGCUAAGUUAUAAAUGUCCAAUAUGCAAGAAGUCUUUGACAAGGAGAGAAAAUGUCAAAAAUCAUUUGAUUUCCAUUCAUUUAAAAAUUAAGCGCCACUAGUGUAAGAUUUGCCAAAAAAAAUUCUCAGAAAGAAGCAAUUUACUGGUACAUCUAAGAAUUCAUGAUAAGAGAUAACCCUAUCAAUGUUAGACAUGCCACAAAAAGUUCAACUCGCUUGGUAAUAUGCGAGACCAUGAGAGAAGACACAUUAGGCAGAGAACCACUCUAAAGAGUCAAUAUCUGAAAAUAACCAUGGAUACUUAAAUAUACAUGCGAUAUGUUUAAUUUAGAAAGCCAUAAAUACUACAAGCCAAUUCAAACAUAACUUCAAAUGAGCUAGCUUAAAUUAUUGCUAAGGAAUGGAGUAGUAUGGAUUAAGACUAGAGGAAUUAGAUAGCACAGACAUUAAACUAACUUAAUGAGUGCUUAUCUUAAAGCUGCAUACAAUAGAACUCUGCAAAUGAAUUAUAAUCUACUAAUGAGAGCACUUAAAAUAAGUAAGUUGAGUAUGAUAUGUCUCCCAGUAGUCCAACUCGUCUCUUUUAUGAGGAAUUUAUUGAAAAAGCUAAAACUGUAUAUCCAGAUCAUUCUGAGGAUUACUAUAUUCAAAUUAUGAGCAAUCAGUGGAAUUCUAUGAAUCAAGAAGCAAAGUAACCUUACAUUGCUAAAUCUAUUUUAUUCAAGCAGCAGAUAUCUUAAUAAUAAGAAUAGCAAUAGUAAAAUGCUACCAAGCUACCUCAGAUUAUAAAUAAUGGCGUUAAUAAUCAACCCUAAUUAAAUGGAACUUCUUUAAACUAAGUAAAUGCUUAGCCUAUUUAGUAGGCAAAAGGUGUUUCAAUAUCUCAGCUAAAUUCUUUUCCUUAACUAGUUCAACCACUUAAUAUCAAUAGUAAUACUUAAGUAAAAGUAUCUGAAAGAACCUGUAAAGAAGCUAAAAGAUCUCUAGAUGCAAGAGUAAUGUUUUCAAAGUAAAUGAAACAAGCAAUAUUAACCCAAUAUCCUUAAUAUCCUGUAGCAGAUUUAGUAAAAACUAUUGAGCUUGGCUGGAAAAAGUUAUCUUUAGCUUACAAACAGAUGUUUAUCAAUAUGACUGAUAGAAUAAACAAUGAAUAAAAAGUUGCCAAAACUCAAUCUGAAUCUUACUAUCAAAAGAAAAAGCGGCUGGCUGCAAUGGGAUUAUCUGUCAAUGGAUAACCAAUCUAAAAUCAAUUGAAUCAGGUAAUUUCACCAUCUAUCGUUCCUAUCCAGAAAAAAGAAAAGAAAUAAAAAGGAGUCCCUCAAUUACCCUAGGUAAAUCUACCGAUAUAAAAUCCAAUAAAUCCAAUUCAUUAAUUGCCUAAUGGUUUAAAUCUUUUGACUUAAAAUUAGCUUUUGGGAGGCUUAAAUCAUAGUUUGGCACAAAAUCUAGGUGGCCUUCCAUAAAUAGGAUAAUUAGGAAGUUUAAACCUAAAUAGUAUAUUGAAUCCUAUGCUACCAUAACUCAGUGCUUUAUAAGUUCCUUAACCUUCAUUAGCUUAAACUGAUCUUUCAAAGAUUUUGCAAGUUUAUCAGUAAAACCAAUUAAUAUGCAAUCAAUUGCUCAUGCAAGCUUCGAUGCCUUGCUUGAAAUUAAACACUGGCCUAAGCCUUGGUUAGAAUUUUGGACUUAACCCUACUAAUUUACUACAAACUGAUGAUCUCAAGCUGCAGUAAUUGCAACAAUAAUUGAUGAUGGAUCAAAAUAAUGCACACAUGAACCCAGAAUUAAACCAGCCCAUGAAUUUAUCUUGA